CAUUACUGGAGGCACAAGUUCCUUCUUCACCAGCCUCAACUUAAUUUCUCAGAAGGUCUGGGCUGUGUUCUGCUGCUACAGCCAUGGCACCCAAAAAGAACAAGGCGACCAAAAAGAGCAAAGGAGACAUAAAUGAAAUGACAAUAUUGGUCGAGGACAGCCCCAUCAACAAGAUCAACGGGCUAAACACUCUGUUGGAAGGAGGAAACGGCUUCAACUCCAUUUCAACUGAAGUCACUGAUUCUGUGUAUGCCCCAAACCUGCUGGAGGGUUUGAGCAACAUGAGGCAGGACAGCUUCCUCUGCGAUCUAACAGUCGCCACCAAGUCAAAGUCCUUUGAUGUCCACAAGGUUGUCAUGGCCUCCUGCAGCGUGUACAUUCGAAGCAUCUUGAAGAAGGAUUCGUCCCUCCAGAAGAUCGACCUGAACGACCUCUCACCGGUCGGCCUCGCCACAGCGAUUACAUAUGCUUACUCUGGAAAGCUGACCUUGUCGCUGUACAGCAUCGGAAGCACUAUCGCUGCGGCCAUGCUGCUGCAGAUUGGCACCUUAGUGAAGAUGUGCAGUGAUUUCCUCAUGCAGGAUCUCAGCGUGGAAAACUGCAUGUAUGUGGCCAAUAUUGCUGAUGCCUAUGACCUCAAAGAAACCAAGGAGGCAGCUCAGAGGUUCAUGCGGGAAAACUUCAUUGAGUUCUCUGAGAUGGAGCAGUUCCUGAAGCUCCCCUAUGAGCAGAUCAGCGAUUUCCUCUCAGAUGAUUCUCUGCACCUUCCCUCUGAGGUCACGGCCUUCCAGAUCGCCAUGAAGUGGUUGGACUUUGACGAGAAGAGGUUGAAGUACGCGGCGGAUCUCCUAACUCUAAUCCGCUUCGGUACCAUCUCUGCACAAGACCUGGUGAAUCAUGUCCAGAGUGCGCCUAGAAUGAUGCAAGACCCCGAGUGCCACCGUCUCCUUGUUGAUGCCAUGAAUUACCAUCUGCUGCCAUACCAACAGAACAUCCUCCAGUCACGCAGAACGAAGGUGCGCGGUGGCCUCAAGGUGAUAUUCACAGUUGGUGGACGCCCUGCCUUGACAGAGAAAUCUCUCAGCAAAGAGGUCCUCUACAGAGAUGUAGAUAACGUGUGGAAUAAGUUGACAGAAAUGCCGGCAAAGAGCUUCAAUCAGUGUGUAGCAGUCUUGGAUGGCUUCCUGUAUGUGGCAGGUGGUGAGGACCAGAAUGACGCAAGGAACCAGGCUAAGCAUGCCGUCAGCAACUUCUGCAGAUUCGACCCCCGCUUCAACACUUGGAUUCACUUGAGCAACAUGAUCCAGAAGCGCACACACUUCAGCCUCAACAUCUUCAACGGCCUCCUGUUUGCCAUCGGAGGGCGAAACGGUGAUGGUGUUCAGGCCUCUGUGGAGUGCUAUGUGCCCUCCUCCAACCAGUGGCAGAUGAAAGCUCCCAUGGAGGUGCCCCGCUGCUGUCACGGCAGUUCCCUCAUCGAUGGCAAGAUCCUUGUAUCCGGAGGUUAUAUCAACAACGCCUACUCCAGGGCCGUGUGCUCAUAUGACCCCUCCACUGACAGCUGGCAUGAUAAGAACAGCCUGAGCACCCCUCGAGGUUGGCACUGCGCUGCCACUGUGGGAGACCGAGCCUAUGCCAUCGGUGGCAGCCAGUUGGGAGGUCGUGGAGAGAGGGUGGAUGUCCUCGCCGUCGAGUCUUACAACCCUCACAGCGGGCAGUGGAGCUACUGCACGCCUCUUAACACAGGAGUGAGCACAGCUGGUAUUUCCAUUUUGAACAACAGGGUCUAUCUCCUCGGAGGCUGGAACGAGGGAGAGAAGAAGUACAAGAAAUGCAUUCAGGUUUACAACCCUGACCUCAAUGAAUGGACUGAGGAUGAUGAAUUGCCAGAAGCAACAGUCGGCAUUUCAUGCUGUGUUGUCACCAUACCCACACGUAAAACACGAGAGUCCAGAGCCAGUUCAGUGUCUUCUGCACCAGUCAGUAUAUAA